AUGAAGGCCUUCACCCUCCUCACCCUCGCCGUCCCCGCCGUCCUCGGAAGCCCUGCCCCGGCCCCCCUGGCCGACGGCAUCGUCGCCGCCCGGGGCGACAACACCAGCUGCAACCCCUACACCGACUGGGGCCACACCCAGGGCGCCAACGGCUACUACUGCCACAACUUUGGCGACUGGCCGGCCCCCGAGGACUACCACUGCGUCCGGUACAAGAGCGCCGACUACUGCUCCGGCAAGGCCUACUGCAGCGACGCCAACCCCUGCAAGGGGAACGGCAUCUGCCGCUGGGGGGUUUGUGUUGAGAAGGUCAAUGGCAAGCAGUGUCAGCGCACGUGCGAUUAUGGUGCUUAA